GACCACCCGCACGCGCCGCCGCAGCAGCUCGGCAACCCGGGCGUGACGACGACGACCAUGAUGCAAGCCGCGACGUCGUCCAACCCGCUCCUGUUGAACGUGGAUCCGAUCUUGCAGCAGCUGCAAAAGCACCAAGCGAUGCCGCUGCAGAUCGUGCCGAGUGUGCCCUUGGGCGCGCCGUCGCGCAUCAUCGUGCUCCUCAACAUGGUCACGCCCGAGGACCUCACCGACAACGACGAGUACCAGGACAUUUGCGACGACAUUCGCGCCGAGUGUGAAAAGUCGGGCCCGAUCCGGUCCAUGGUCGUGCCGCGCCCCGGCGAGACGCAGUACCAGACGGCCUCGGUCGGCAAGAUCUUUGUCGAGUUUGGCGAAGUCGUCCACGCGCAGCACGCGUCCAACGAGCUGCACGGGCGCGGGUUUGCCAACCGAACGGUUGCCGUCGAGUUUAUGUCGGAGACCAAGUUUGCGCGCCGCGAGUUCUAAGCCAUGCCACCCCAUCGGUUCGACUCGUAGGGAAUCUGAAUACAAGCAUUUUCGUUUCGCCUUGCGGUGGCCAUAGCAA